UAGAGUUUCUAAUAAAAAAAAAUGGGUGAUUCCGAGUUCGAUCCCAGUUCUCCUCCUCCAUUUAGGCUUUCGGAAAUCAGGUCAGCCAUACCUAACCACUGUUGGGUGAAGGACACAUGGCGAUCCCUCGGUUACGUCGUUAGGGACAUAUUCGUCGUAUUUGGGUUAAUUGUAUUGGCGGUCUACCUCGAUAAUUGGGCAUUUUGGCCGUUUUAUUGGGCUGCACAAGGGACAAUGUUUUGGGCACUCUUUGUUCUUGGCCAUGACUGUGGCCACGGGAGUUUUUCGGAGAACCCUACGAUAAAUAGUGUAGUUGGGCAUAUCUUACAUAGCUCGAUACUCGUCCCUUACCACGGCUGGAGAAUAAGCCAUAGAACUCAUCACCAAAACCAUGGAAACAUCGAAAAAGAUGAAUCAUGGGUGCCGUUGUCUGAGAAAGUAUACAAGGAGAUGGGUUUUUCAGGCAAGUUCUUCAGGUUUAGAGCUCCAUUUCCCCUUUUUGCAUACCCUCUUUAUCUGUUGUGGCGAAGUCCUGGAAAAUCGGGCUCACAUUUCAAUCCUUACAACAACAACUUGUUCCAUCAUAGUGAAAGGAAUCAUGUGGUUAUAUCAACCGUUUGUUGGACACUAAUGGUUGUUUUCUUGUUCAAACUCUACACAAUAAUAGGCUUUCUUCAAUUACUAAGACUCUAUAUCAUUCCUUACUUGGUGUUCAUUAUGUGGUUGGACUUCGUCACUUACUUACAUCAUCACGGUCACUAUAACAAACUUCCUUGGUAUCGUGGCAAGGUAAAAAUUCACAACAUUCAUAUUCUAUUAUAG